AUGCCUUCUCUCCUUGAAACUAUAAGCUCUUUUUCCAUUUCUGAUAUGGAAAUUGAUGAUUCCCUUGCUUGGAAGAAUGUGGAGAAUGGCAAGCUAACUAUUAAGAUUGCUUAUGAGAUGCUUGCAAAUGCUAACAAUUCUGGAAAAUGGAAAUCCUUCCCAUGGGACAUUGACUCAGCCCCUUCUCAUUCUAUGGUUACUUGGAGGCUAAUGCACAACAAGAUUCCCACUGACGAAAACAUGACUUUGAGGGGAUUCUCUUUCCCUUCUAAAUGCUCUUUAUGUGAUAGCAAUGAGGAGAAGUCUACUCAUUUGUUUUUUGAUUGUUUUUUUGCAGUUAAAAUAUGGAGCUGGUUCAGCAGCAUCUUGGAGGUUCCAAAUGCCAUCAAAUCCCUUGCUGAUUGUUUACAAAUUCUCAAUGAAGCUUGGAGUCAACAAGCAAUGGCUGUCAUAAAAUCCAGCAUCGUGUUCAUCAUCUACCAAAUUUGGAAGGCCCGAAAUAUGGCCAGAUUUGAAGACAAACUUAUGCCUUGGCAGAGAUGCAUUAGUAAUGUUGCAGCAAGGGCAAAAUUGGUGGGAAAGCUGACUGCAAAAAAUGGUGAUAACUCCAUCAACAACUUCUCCUUUCUUAAGAAAUUUGACAUUGCAAUUCAUCCUCGAAAAUUGAAAGUGGCAGUUGAAGUGCUUUGGUGUCCUCCCAUUGCUGGCUGGAUUAAGUGUAACAUAGACGGGGCAGCAGCCGGUUCUCCCUUACUUGCAGCAAACGGUGGUAUCUUCCGUGAUGCACAAGCUAAGCAUGUCAUUAGCUCGUUUUCUUGGGUGUUGGUUCUCCAGUGA